AUGAUUUUCCUAUCAAAACGACCAAAUAGUCAUCAAGGUUCAUCUACUCGAGAAGCAUGUCUAUCUAUUGUAGGUUUAUUCUUAUCCAUUGGACUUAUUGGUGGUCUAGCUGGACUCAUUUAUGGUUUAGUAACAAACAGUGCACCAAGUACGAUGUUUGGUGCAAUUGCGUUUAGUAUUUCUUUAUUUUUCACAAUUAUAUUUAUUCUUGUGAUCAUAUUCUGUCUUAAAAGUGUUACUGGUGAUUCAAAUAAGAAACGUCACAAACAAAAUGCUCACAUGAAACAUAUAAAUUCGGCACAAAACAUAUCAACAGUUUCAACUGCACCAAAUUAUGAACAAACAAGUAGUUAUAAUACACAGAUUUAUUCACCAUCGGUUCCUAUAGAAUUAUUAGAUAGUUCAACCAAUGGUUUUGGUAAACAAAUGCAAUCAUCUUCAUUACCACCAAUUGCUUUUGAUUCUUUAAAUCACAGUAAUUCAUCAACUAAUAUUUAUGAUUUAAGACAAAAUUAUUACAAUGGACAUUAA